CUAGGAUAUGCUCUGUGGCUUGUUCCCUCGGAACCGCAGUCUGGCGCACUACGCCAUUUAAUGGAUUACCGACCACAACAUUAUAGGUCAAGCACUCACUCGUACAGAUCAUACCCCCGCUUUGACCCUCACAUUACCCUCGCCACCUUCUCGUGCCUGUAUCGCCCCAGCCUAUGUCAAUUUCUGCCUUCCAAUGUCAACCCUGCUCCCGUGUAUUUUCAGUCGAUAAAGAUUGGAAAUAAUUAUCUCAGCUCACUAUCCAUCGUCGUUUCCAAAUCUCGUGAACUCAUGAAUUUACACGAUCUCGUCGUGAGACACCUUGAGAAGGUGAACAAACACCUCCAGGGAGUAAACAAGGUACAUCCCACGAGUCGUUCAUUUCCACGCAUGUCCUUGUUCUACCUGGAUGAAGCCUUCUGGGGAGAACGGCUGCAACUUGGCAACGCGCUGCGUCAAUCGGGAAGAAUCUACGAACGAAAAGGCAACAUCACGGACGUUGCGUUGAACUGUGCCCUAGAUGGUGCCGCGCCUCAAUUUCGCGCCAUGAAAGGCUUUCAUGGGACGGAAAUAUGGCUCGUUGACUGCACCGGUGCAGUGGGAGACUGGAAAGUCCUGGAAAGACAAAUACUC